AUGCCAAACUCUUGUAAAGAAAUUCGCCAAGAACUCGUAGAUUGUUUAUUAAAAUCCGACUGUGUAGUAGUGAAACGCCACACCGUAAAAGAAUGCUUACAAACAGAAAAUACAGAUGAUGUACCUAGAGAAUGUCAUAGCAUUCGUAGAAGUUUUUUUGAAUGUCGGAGAGGAUUGCAACCCAUUCCAAUUUCUCAUACAACAACUGAAACUGGAACUGGAACCGGAUCAACGAUUGAUAGUGAUUCAAAAGGUGAAGAAGAAGAAUUAAUAUUAAAUAAUAUCAACAACAAUAAUAUUAUUAAUAGUAUUAUGAAUAAUAAUAUUAAUAAUAAAAACAAUAUUAUUAUAAAUCACAACAAUAAUAAUCAUAAUAAUCAUAAUAAUCAUAACAACAACAAUAAUAAUAAUAAUAAUAAUAAUACAAAAGAAUAUGAAAAAACUUUAUCACUACCAUCAUCUAAUGGCGGUGAUUCAAGUGGAGUAGAAUCCGAUAGUUUUGUAUAUAAUCAAAAGAAAGGUUCAAGAAAGAAAAAGAAUCAAAAUACUAAUGGUUAUUAUUAUCGAACACCUCAAUCACCUGCUAGGAGGUUUAGACGUAGUAGACGUCAAACACAUGAAUGGGCAGGAGGAGAUGUUAAUGAAUUCAAAUCUGAAGAAUUCGAUUUUCAGGGUAAUUUAAAUUUAUUUGAUAAAGAAAAGGUGUUUGCAGAAAUCAGAGAAUUAGAUUCAACGGCACCAGAAAAUCUUCUUGUUAAUAUUAAUAGAAAUCCUAAUUAUCGUACAAAUCAUUAUCGUAAUGGUCAUGGUUAUCAUCAACAACAAUAUUCUAAUCAUUAUAAUAAUAAUCAUCAUCAUAAUCAUCAUCAAAAUUUUCAACCAAAAUUAGCACCUAAUGAAAAUGUAUUAGAAAUUUCUUCAC